AUGGAACAGUUAAUCUCCGUCGUGAACGAGCUUCACGAUGCCUUUGCAAGUGUGAAGAUGAAUAUCAAGCUGAAUCUGCCGCAAAUUGCUGUGGUGGGCAGUCAGAGCUCCGGCAAGAGCAGUGUGCUGGAGGCAAUUGUGGGGAAAGACUUUCUCCCUCGUGGUUCAGGUAUUGUGACCCGCUGUCCCCUCGUGCUGCAACUCGUGCAGCUGCCCAGCACGACUGAUGAGGAGUGGGGGGAGUUUCUCCACAAGCCACAUAAGAAGUUUUUUGACUUCAUGCAGAUCAACGAUGAGAUUAAAAGCCGCACUGUGGAGAUCGCGGGAAAGUCAGCCAUUUCAGACCGCCCCAUUAACCUUAAAGUGUUCUCAAGGCACGUGCUGAACCUCACGCUGGUAGAUCUGCCGGGUCUUGUCAUGAAUCCUGUGGGAGACCAGCCAAAAGACAUUGACCGCCAGAUUAAGGAGAUGGUGACCCGCUACGUGGCCCCAGUGAACACCAUCAUUCUUGCCAUUUCCCCGGCCAACACAGACCUCGCAACGAGUGCGUCACUGCGCCUUGCGAAGCAGUUGGACCCAGAGGGGAUUCGCACGGUGGGUGUGUUGACAAAACUCGACCUCAUGGACCGCGGCACGGACGCGCUGGAUGCUCUUACUGGGAAAUUGGUGAGUCUUCGCCACGGAUUUGUUGGGGUGGUGAACCGCAGUCAACAGGAUAUCCAUGACAUGAAAGAUAUGGAGAGCUCACGAGCAGACGAGCGAAUGUUCUUUCACAACCACCCAGUAUACUCUACCAUCGCCGACAGACAGGGUACGGAGUAUCUUGCGAAGAAGCUGAAUCAACUUCUCCUUCAGCAUAUUAAGGAAGUUAUUCCUGAACUUAAGCGGCACGUGAACAAGCUGUUGGAUAGCACCAUGAAGCAGAUGGAAAAGCUUGGCAUGUUGGAUCAGACAAACAUAGACCCUAGUGCCCACAUGUUGUCGCUUAUCAAGAAGUUUAGCGACUCGCUUACCCACACCAUUGAUGGCGGUGCAAGCGAUGCAACCAAGGAGUUGAUGGGCGGCGCUCGACUAGAUUACAUUUUCAAUGAGUGCUUUGCUACCUACGUGAACGGACUCAGCGCCAAUAAGGAACUGUCAGACGAGUAUAUCCGCAUUAAUGCGCGCAACAUGGCCGGUAUGCACUCCGCUCUUUUUCCGUCGGACCAGGUCUUUGUGGCGCUUUCGAGGGAGCAAAUCUCUCGCCUAGAGGAGCCCUCGCAGAAGUGUGUGCAGUUUGUGUACGAAGAGCUUAUAAAGAUUAUUGAUAUCUGCGCCUCAAAGCUGGAUAGCUUUCCUAAGCUGAAGCAGGCAGUUGUGGAGAUCUGUCGCCAGGCACUACAGGAGUAUCGUGGACCCACCGUGGCCCACGUGCGAAAAAUCAUUGAGGCGGAGCGUGAAUUUAUCAACGUGAAACACCCAAGGAUGGAGAAAUUGGUGCAACGAUCAUUUCUGAAAAUAUUUGGUACUGAGGGUGAGCAGAAGUCAGAAACACCCCGACCGCAGCAAGGGGGAAGUGACGGAAAGGAUAAGUCGAAAAAAAGUACACCUGAACCUACUGCAACGACAGUGGAGGGCCCCAACAUGGGGGAUGUGCCGAUGACGAUUAUGCUGGGCAAAGAUAUGUCUAGUCAUGAGCAGCAAAUUAACAGCGUCAUUAGGGACAUGGUUGAGGGAUACUUUGGCAUCGUGAAGGGUACUGUCGCUGACCAGGUCCCAAAAGCCAUCACGCUACUUAUGAUAACGAAACUGCGCGAGGAUGUGUAUGGAAGGUUGGUGCGCAGUUUGUACAGCGAGAAAAAGGUGGAUGAUCUACUUGCCGAGCCGCCGGAGAUUGAAACGCAGCGCAAGGCCACAACGAGGAUGAUGGAGGCGCUCAAAAAGGCACAGGCUGCUUUGGAGACCGUGCGCGGAUACACAUUUGAACGGUAA